AUGAACCAUUCUCCAACCCUCUGGCCCCCGAUGGCCAUGAUGUGGACGACUCGCAUUCCUUCCACCAGUCCAAGCUGACCAAUGAAGACUUCAGAAAGCUUCUCAUGACCCCGCGGGCUGCGCCGACAUCUGCGCCACCAUCCAAAUCUCGCCACCAUGAGAUGCCCCGGGAGUACAAUGAAGAUGAAGAUCCAGCUGCUCGCAGAAGGAAGAAGAAAAGCUAUUACGCAAAGCUGCGCCAGCAGGAGAUAGAGCGUGAGAGGGAGCUGGCUGAGAAGUACAGGGAUCGAGCCAAGGAGAGGAGAGAUGGUGUGAACAAGGACUACGAGGAAACGGAGCUGAUCAGCACAACUGCCAACUACAGAGCUGUGGGGCCGACGGCAGAGGCGGAUAAAUCUGCUGCGGAGAAGAGGAGACAGUUGAUCCAGGAGUCCAAGUUCUUGGGUGGUGACAUGGAGCACACUCACUUGGUGAAGGGUCUGGACUUUGCGCUGUUGCAGAAGGUACGGGCUGAGAUUGCCAGCAAGGAGAAAGAAGAGGAGGAAAUGAUGGAGAAGCCCCAGAAGGAAACUAAGAAAGAUGAAGAUCCUGAGAACAAAAUCGAAUUCAAGACUCGGCUGGGUCGCAACAUCUACCGCAUUCUGUUCAAGAACAAAGCCUACGAGCGGAACGAGCUGUUCCUGCCGGGGAGGAUGGCCUACGUGGUCGAUCUGGACGAUGAAUAUGCCGACACAGAUAUCCCAACCACGCUGAUCCGGAGCAAGGCUGACUGUCCCACCAUGGAGGCGCAGACCACGCUGACCACCAACGACAUUGUCAUCAGCAAACUGACGCAGAUCCUCUCCUAUCUCAGGCAGGGGACCCGCAACAAGAAGCUGAAGAAGAAAGACAAAGGGAAGCUGGAUGAGAAGAAGCCCCCUGAAGCUGAUAUGAACAUCUUUGAAGACAUCGGGGAUUAUGUGCCCUCCACGGCAAAGAUGCCACGGGAUAAGGAGCGGGAGAGGUACCGUGAGAGAGAGCGUGACAGGGACCGGGAACGUGACAGGGACCGAGAGCGUGACCGGGAGCGCGAGAGGGACAGGGAGCGUGACCGGGAGCGCGAGGAGGAAAAGAAGAGGCACAGCUACUUCGAGAAGCCCAAGGCUGAUGAUGAG